AUGGAUCCGACCAAUGCAACAGUCAGUCCCAAGUUUGGAACAUUCGUUUUCCCCUCGGCCCGUGUUGUCGUCACUUGCCUCUCUCUCUCUCUCACUGCUUCCUUUGGUGGAAAUAGUGUCAUGAUUGGUCGGCAUCGUCAUCGUCAUCGUCAUCAUCAACGGCGGUGGCACGGCUACGUUGGAUGGUUGCUGUAUGGCACGUUGAUGCAGUACCCGCACGGGUUUGCCGGGAGCGGCGGUACAACCGUUCGUGUCCAGCGUGACGGACUUUCCGGUUCACGACGUCUUCAUCACACGGUUUCAACGCUACUCGCCAACCAGUCCAGCAAUAAUCAAGAUACUCAUACUCCCAAUACCGCAAUCGAUGACGUCGGUCCGGUAUUGCCCCAAUCAACAAGAAUGUCUACAACAAACACUAACGUGUCCACCACAACAACACCCACGUCCCAACAGUUCAUGACCGCCAUGGGCACGUCCCCCCGACGCAUUCUGUUGUCCGGAUUAUCCUCUACCGCCAUUGCCUUGGCGGCAAACUUUUUGGGCUCCACCAGCAAAUUGCUUGAGUUCGUGCCCGAAGAAGUUGUGGAGGCCUCCGGUCUCGACACGUACUACCCACGCGGAGACUACAAACGCGUCCGCAGUGGAGCCAACGGAUACACCAUGCUCAUUCCCAAGGAAUGGGUCGCCGAUACCAGUCUCGCACUCGCCAAAGCCACCCGAAACGCGGGAUCGCUCGAUUUCGCCAUGGCCACGAAACCGUCUUCCACACCAUUGUCGUCGUUGUCGUCGUCUUUCCGGUCCGUAAGCAACGCCCUUUUGCCCGACGCCGCCUUUGGUCCGCCCGGGAGGAACCGUGGUCCAAAAGACGGUACCGGUGGGCUUGACAAUACCAACGUCUCCGUGCUGGUGGCCAAUCUACCCGAUCCCACAUUUUCCCUCGCAGCGACUCUGGGAACGCCCGCCGUCGCUGCCACCACGCUCCUCCAACGGUCCCUGGCGCCACCCGGAUCGGGACGCGUCGCCACCUUGGUCGAUGCUUACGCUGACGAACAGCGGCACGGUCUCUACCAACUGGAAUACGUCGUGGAUCGUGGCGAGUCAACGCGGUCGCCCGACAGCCGGGCCCGGCGACGGGCUAUUUCUGUGCUGGCUGUCUCGGAGGAUCGGACGAAACUCUUCACCAUGACCGUCGUCGCUCCCGAAAUAGCCUGGAACGACCCAAUCUUGGAGCCGAAACUCAGAAAAGUUGCCGCGAGCUUUCGUCCCACGGAAGCGAUCAUCCGGUAG